AUGAAGCCUGUCAUCUUUUCCGCUCUUGUCGCCCUGCUUUCAAACAUCGUCGCCGGUCAACUCAUUGGCCCCGUCGGUCCUACAGCAGAUCUCUCCCAGAAAACCAUCGAAUGGAACAUCCUCCGCUACGGCGCUGUUGCCGACAAUAGCACCGAUAUCUCAACGGCCCUCGAGACGGCCUUCACCAAUUGCGUUCUGAAAAGCCCCGGCAGCCGUCUCAUCGUACCCGAAGGCAACUAUUUGGUCAAUCGCGGAGUGGUGCUCAGCAAUGUCACCAACUAA